AUGUAUCGCCCACUUGGGCUGGGCUCGAGUCAUCCCUCCAACCAGUCUCUGUUUGCCGGUAGCGGGCACCCAUUCAGAUUCCUAGCUAACUCUCUAAACAGCAGCGCGAGACAUGACAACCGAGAGGAAUUCCCUGACCAGAUCGGUUCCAACUCACCCACGCCCUCGGGCGUGGAGACGCCACGACCAGACCUCCACGACAAACGACUACCAGGUAUAAAUCACAGCUACUUUGGCCAGGUGGGUAGAGAUCCUUCUCAAGACACCCCGUCGCGGUCAUCUCCAGCUGCCACGGCCUCUGAAACAAAUGAUCAAUCUGCGUAUUUGGCUGGACAGAGCGAGAAAGAGAAAGAAGAUCGCCGGGCAUCGUUUGCUUCGGUAGGCUCGAUGGUGAUGGUAGAGCGGGACCAGGGAUCUAUUCCUACGCCACCGCCCGAUGAGCGUCAUCCAGAGCGGAUGAAACCUGUCGAAGAGACUGACGCCUCUCGGUUUCUGCCCACUCCGAUCUCGUCCGCCGCUUCCGUGGUGCACCGAGAUGGCGAGGCCGCAGAGAAUGGCGCUUCCAUGAUAGAGGGCGGCCUGGCUACCAUCACGCAAGCUUUGAGGAAUUUUGUUCUUCCAAAGACUGCCUUUGUGAUGAAAGAACGCCGCCACCAGUCGCUCCCCGUGUCCAGUGUUACCAAAAGCAAUGUCUCUGCGGCGCACAUUUCAAACCCUACCUCGUCCACACAUUCCUCGCGACCACAGACCCCCAGCUCUUCAUCUCCAAAUUCUGCUAAGCCACAAUCGUCUCAAACUUUGCAAGAAUCAAUUAAGCUAACUUCAGACGUGGCCGCUGUGCCGCGUGAUAAGCGCACCCCGCCUCAAACUCCUCGAGCCUUAUCCCAAGAAGACCGCCGUGUCGAAGCGCGGUCACCACUCUCCAGCACCAGUACCAGCACCAGCAUCAGCACACCUGCCGCUGAUGCCAAUGCGGAGACUGAGAAGCAAGACGAGGACUUGGUCAAAAAUGAUAUUCCAAACAGUACACCACGGGGCAAAUUGUCCAUUAAAAUCGCCGAGGGCCGGAACUUGAAGCCCUCAUUCGAUCCUUAUGUGAUUUGUCAAUUUGAAUGGAACGAAUACGUAUCCAAGGGGCCUAAACAUGACACGAUGGAUAUCGACGAUGAUGAUCGGAAGGGACCGGUUGCGGCCCUGCAGUCCAUCCCAAUCCGAAGAACAGAUAGUGAUAUGGGGAAGCCGAUGGCCAUCCCCAUGCGGAGUCGCCAGAGCAGCUCAAAUGGCGCAGCUGAGGACCGUCCACUCACGAAAGUCACCGAUCCUCAGUGGGACCAUGAGGCCACGUUUGAUGUGGUUAGUAACCAGUCCGAACUGGAUGUCACGGUCUACGAUCGGCAAACGGAAGAGUUUUUGGGCCAUGUCCGGCUAUGCUUGAUUCUGACAGAACAACAUCCGAUCCUGGAAGGGUUCUUCCGACUAGAACCACGCAGUGCAGAAGACCAGGACGUCACCGGCGAAAUCCACAUACGGAUGCAGUUUUCCAAGGUGGAGAAGAAGCACUUUGGACCCAACGACUUCCAGAUUCUCAAGUUGAUUGGCAAGGGAACGUUUGGCCAAGUCUAUCAGGUCCGCAAAAAGGAUACACAACGCAUCUAUGCUAUGAAAGUCCUAUCAAAGAAGGUGAUUAUCCAAAAGAAGGAAAUCCAGCACACUAUUGGAGAGCGGAACAUCUUGGUCCGGACGGCUACCACUGAAUCACCUUUUAUUGUUGGUCUCAAGUUCUCGUUCCAGACCCCUACCGAUCUGUACCUGGUCACGGAUUUCAUGUCGGGAGGUGAACUUUUCUGGCAUCUCCAAAAGGAAGGACGGUUCAAGGAAGACCGGGCCAAAUUUUACAUCGCCGAGCUCAUUCUCGCACUUAAACAUCUCCACGACCACAACAUUGUCUACCGUGACCUCAAACCGGAAAACAUCCUUCUAGAUGCCAACGGCCAUAUUGCAUUGUGCGACUUUGGUUUGUCCAAGGCGAACUUGACCCAGGAUGAUACCACCAACACGUUUUGUGGAACCACCGAGUAUCUAGCGCCCGAGGUGUUACUCGAUGAACAAGGCUACACCAAGAUGGUCGACUUCUGGUCUCUUGGUGUGCUGGUGUUUGAGAUGUGCUGUGGCUGGAGUCCAUUCUACGCCGAAGAUACCCAGCAAAUGUACAAGAACAUUGCGUUUGGCAAGGUGCGAUUCCCCAGGGACGCCUUGAGCACGGAAGGGCGAAAUUUUGUCAAGGGACUGCUCAACCGCAAUCCUAAACAUCGACUCGGAGCGCGUGGCGAUGCGGAAGAGUUGAUGCGACAUGCGUUCUUUGCCGACGUCGACUGGGACGCUCUUGGGAAGAAAAACUUGGUCCCCCCUUUCAAACCAAAAUUGUCCUCGGUCGCGGAUACCUCCAACUUCGAUCCAGAGUUCACCAAUGCUCUAAAUACUUCGUCUUCCUUGAAUGCUCGAGCAGCCGCACUUGCUGCAGGCGCAGCUCCGACAUCCACGCCGUUGUCGCCGACCAUGCAGAAUGCCUUCCGAGGCUUCACGUUCGUCGACGAGAGUGCCAUGGAGGAGAGAUUUGGCGGAUCCCAUGAAAUCGAGGACGACAAAAUCGACGAAAAAGACGAGCAGUCUCUAUCACGAUCCAGGACUCGGGAACACCGAAUGAGUGGGGUUCAACGUACAGGAGAGGAAGGGUUCUUCUUCGAAGAAUGA